ACAAAACACAAAACGGUCUCAAAGAACACUUUUUCUCCCUUUCUUUAUCUCUUUUUUGUUCUUCAAGUCAGCCCUUUGGUCCUCCCUCUUCCUCUUCUGUCCAUUUGGAGUUCAUGUUGAUCCACAAGAUUUUAGUGCUUUUCCUCGCUCUCUCCCAUCUCCUCCCUCCUCUCUCUGCAACAUCAAGAAAUGUAAAGGAAAUCAUGGGUGAUGUUGGUAAAGCACGCCAAGCCGACGAUGAGAGAGGGGCAGCUGUUUUAGGAAGAGGAAAAGAAGAGUUUGGGUUUAUAUUUGAGGAAGGAAGGGGAAGAAUGAAGAUUGAGAUCGAUGAUUAUGAAGGUGCUGGUCCCAACAGAAAACAUGACUCAGAUGCCCCUCCUACCCCUGGCAAUGGCAAUGGCAAAGGAAAUAGAUGAGGAAUCAAUUUAUAUUUAUUUAUUUUCAACUUUUUAUUUUCAAUAAAAAAAACAUGAAGGACGUUUUAAUUAAUUUUAUGUACUAGACACUAGCAUAUGUUCUACUCUUAUUCGUGUGUAUGUUGGGAAAAUAUUUGUGCCGUCUUGUUUGUGACCGUUACAAAUUAAGCGUUUUAACGUUA